ACUCGUCGUCGGUGGAAGAAACCGAAGACAUUUGUUUAUUUGCAGUAUAAGACUGCUCACACUUCGUAAUCCGAAAAAUUAAUGGUAUUGUUGACUCAGGGACAACGAUUGAAAAUAUCGAUUUUUCUUUCCAACGAUAAAUAUUUUAAGCUUUGUACAUAGACAUGUCUGUGACUUUGUAUUUGGAAAAGAGAGACUUUGUAGUGUAUGUUUACAUCUUCACGGUUUGUUGUUGGCUCUGAAACAGCUGUCUGCGGUUUAAAAAUGGCGGCGUUCAAAUUUUCGAAAACGUUGCAUAAUAUUUUACCGUGUUCUCGGCGAUGUUUAAUGUUGUCAUGCGUUAAAAACUCGCCAGUAUAUGCACAAAAUAAAGAUUCCAAUGAAAAUGAGACACACUUUGGUUUCGAAAGAGUAAAAGAGAGCGAGAAAGCUGAAAAAGUUCAUCAUGUGUUUGAGGCAGUUGCUACGUCUUAUGAUAAAAUGAAUGACGCAAUGAGUUUUGGAGUGCAUCGGCUAUGGAAAGACAUAUUCAUAUACAGACUCAGCCCGACCCCACGAACACGGUUACUGGAUGUAGCAGGUGGUACUGGUGAUAUAGCCUUCCGAUAUCUCAGAUACAUCGAUAACCUGAAAAAACGAUUUCCCACUGUUGAUGAUGAGGCAGGCCACGUAACUGUUUGUGAUAUCAAUAGUGCCAUGCUCGAUGUGGGAAAACGACGUGCAGAGCUCUCGAACUUGAGCCCUGACCGUAUUUCGUGGCUGUGUGGAGAUGCUGAAAACCUUCCCGUAGAAGAUUGUAGCUACAAUGCCUACACAAUUGCAUUCGGCAUCAGAAACUGCACGCACAUUGAUAAAGUUGUACGAGAAGCGUACAGAGUCCUGAAACCUGGAGGCAGAUUUCUAUGUCUGGAAUUCAGCCAUGUUAAUAACAGCCUUCUACAGUGGGCAUAUGACCAGUACUCCUUCCAAGUAAUACCAGUAAUGGGGCAACUCAUAGCUGGCCAAUGGAAACCAUAUCAAUACCUUGUUGAAAGCAUCCGGCAGUUCCCCUCUCAGGAUGCGUUCAAGACCAUUAUUGAAAAUGCUGGCUUCUCUUGUGUUACAUACGAGAAUUUGACUUUUGGGGUGGUUGCAAUACAUUCUGGAUUCAAAACCUAAAUGUGUAAUUAAAAGAAAGUAAUAAAGGUAUAAAAGGUUGUUUGAAAAUGACUUUUUGAAACUUGUGAUAAGUAAUUUAAUGUAAUUUGCAUCUAUAUCUUUUAUAAUACACAUUAUAGAUGUGGCCAUUACUCCACAAUUUAGGAGUCACUUUAGAGAGCACCAAACUUUUAACCUAAACACUCAACCAGAGUAAAGAAUACAGUUCCACUCAGUAUCAUGUAUUUUACUGUGGAAACAAAUGAGUGCUAUUAAAUGACUUAUAAUGUUGUGCGGUGAAUUUACAAGCACUCUCAACAAACUUCCAAUAAAAAGUUAUCAGCUUUCCAAAUAGUACACCUUUUCUAUAAGAAAUGCACAAGCGUUGCCAGAACAAAUCAUUUUUAAUGAUAUAUUAGUCAUUUAAUAAUUUUUUUAGCAACUGGCUACAU